AUGUGGCAUCUGCUCACUAGUGUAAUGUCGUGGCAAGGGCACGUUGCCGGGGCAUACCCUGAUGACUCACGUGGGGGCUCGUUGCGUAACAGUGGCCCUCCGUGUUUCUCGUCUUGUUUAGCAACGCCUGGGGAUGCGGGAGGCUUAGGCCUACAUGAGCUACAUGUGUCUCUGGCUGUCCUGUUGUGGUCCGCCGUGGCGUACCCGCGUAGCAGUUUGGCACAUAUUCACAUCCGAUGGCAGCUUCCGCCGGCGGGGAAGCUGAACAUGUGUGGCGAAACCGAGGUGAAAAUCGACUUGAGGGGCGAAGCGGGCCGGGCCAUGGCCGAGGAAGCCCGACGCCCACUCGCCGCCCUCUCACUGCCCUCUCACUGCCCUCUCACUACCCUCUCGCCGCCCCCUCAAUGCCCUCUCAUUGCCCUCUCGCCGCCCCCUCACUGCCCUCUCGCCGCCCCCUCACUGCCCUCUCACUGCCUUCUCACUGCCCUCUCGCCGCCCCCUCAAUGCCCUCUCCCCGCCCUCUCCCCGCCCUCUCAUCAGCGGUACAGUAAAGUCUCCACUACUCACGAGGGAGAGGGGCUCCUUAAUGAACUCAGGUCAGCAAGUGUAACUGCCGACUCAGGAUGUGGCUCUGUAGAGGGGGUAGAGGAAGCCCUUGAGCGACUAGUCAAGAAACGAGAUGAAUUAGAAAGCCUUUGGGCCACUCGGAAGCUCCGCCUCGAUCUCUUGCUUCAACUGAGACUGUUCCAGAGAGAUGCUGUGGAGCUCCUAAGCCAGUUAGACUUGUGGGCUGAGGAACUUCAGAACACGGAGUUUGGGCGAGACAUCACCGAAGCUGAACAGAUGCUUGCCCUGCACAAUGACUCCACCUCACACAUGCAAAAUGGCACUUACCAGGUCAUGCAGAGUGGUCAGGAACUUCUACAAUUGCUGGAGACAUCAGGCAUCCAGAUCCGUGCUGACGCUGAGUCUGAUGGCACUACCAAGGUCUCCAUGCUCUUAGAGUGCAUCAGAGAACGGCAGAUGGAUGUGGAAGUGCUGGUAGACAUGAAGAGGGUCAAGCUGGAGCAGUGCAUCCACUUGCUGCAGUUUGAGAAUGAAGCCAACCAGGUGAUAAGCUGGAUAAGGAAUGGAGAGGCUGUACUAGCAGCAAGUUUCACCAUUCCAAGCUCUCUUGCUGAGUCAAAUGCAUUAUCUCAUGACCACGAGCAGUUCCAGGUUGCCAUAGAGAAAACCCAUGCUGCAGUGGUGCAGACUCGGCAACGUUCUUCAGCUCUUCUUAUGGCUAAGCACUACAGUCCAGAACAAGUCAUGGAAAUAGAAUCUAAUGUCACAAAGAGAUGGGAAAAGCUUGUUACUUGUGCUGAGGAUAGGUACAAGCUAGUCCAGGCAUCAAUCACAUUUUAUAAGACAGCUGAGCAAGUAUGCUCUGUACUGGAAAGCCUUGAACGAGACUACCGCCGCGAUGAGGACUGGUGUCAGAAGGAAGUGCCUCCGCCAGGCACCAGUGUCAGUCAGGGAGAUAAACAACAGGACCAGCAGCAGCAAGGGACUGGUCAGGGAGGGCAGGCGGGCUCAGACCGGGCCGCUGGAAUCUCACUUAUCAUAAAUAAGCAUCAGGAACAGAAGGAAGGCUUCCUUAAAGCUUGCACCUUGGCCAGGCGAACCGCCGAGACCUUCCUGAAGUACGCCAACCGAUCUCAGCAUUAUUACAGCAUGAAGGGUGACGUGGGAUUACGAGGGCCAGAGGCUAAAGUGAGAGGCAUUCUGGAGAAUCUCAUGGCUCAGGAGAACAAGGUGCUUGACCACUGGACCCAAAAGAAGAAGAAACUGGACCAGUGCCAGCAGUAUGUAUUAUUCGAGGGAUCAGCCAAGCAAGCAUUAGAUUGGAUAAUGGAGACAGGAGAAAUGUACCUGUCCACUCACACGAGCCUAGGAGAAACCAAAGAGGAAACGGAGAAGAUUUUGAAAGAACAUAAUGAAUUCAAAGGAACAGCGAAGGACACAAGGGAACGUGUAAAGUUACUGUUGCUCCUGGCUGACUCCUUGGUUGAGAAAGGCCAUGCACAUGCAGCCGCCAUCAAAGACUGGGUUGCUCGUGUUGAUCAGGCCUACAAGAACUUCUCAGGUCGCAUGGAUAAGUACCGCAUGCAGCUAGAGAGCAGAUUAGGAAUCCAGAGUGAGGAUAGUAAAGCCUCUCUUUCCUUAGAUCGUCACAGUGAUCCUUCUCUUGAAAACAAAGUUCAUGCAGUUGUCACUGUGGCAAAUAAGGAAAUGAGUGAGGAAAAACGAAAAUCUGCCAGAAAGAAGGAACUCAUCAUGAGGGAAUUGUUGCAGACAGAAAGAGUGUAUGUCAAAGAUCUGGAAGUAUGUACAAAGACAUAUCUCUUUGAGACACGACAACCCUCCGCCCCAGGUGGGCUUCAGGGCAAAGAUAGCAUCAUCUUCUGCAAUAUGGAGGAGAUCCUAGAAUUCCACAAGAACACAUUCCUCCAAGAAAUUGAGAAGUAUCAAUGCAUGCCAGAGGAUGUUGGCCAUUGCUUUGUGACUUGGGCCCCUCAGUUCGACAUUUAUGUGAAAUACUGCAAGGCACAGCCAGAGUCCAAUCGCAUGCUAGUCAGCCAUGCUGGGACCUUCUAUGAAGAAGUUCAGCGCAAGCACAAUGUUGAGCACCCCAUUCCUGCGUACCUGAUCAAGCCAGUUCAGCGCAUCACCAAGUAUCAACUCUUAUUGAAAGAAUUACUCUCGUGUUGUGAAGAUGAAAACCAAGGGGAAAUCAAAGACGGUUUAGAAGUUAUGCAAAAUGUCCCAAAGAAGGCGAAUGAUGCCCUCCACUUAUCCAUGCUUGAUGGCUGUGAUGUUCCAACAGACUCCUUGGGAGAAGUCAUUCUGCAAGACACCUUCCAGGUGUGGGACCCUCGCCAGCUUAUCAGAAAGGGUCGAGAGCGGCACAUUUUCCUCUUCGACUUGUACCUGUUAUUCUGCAAAGAAGUUCGUGAUCCUAGUGGCAACAAGACCAAAUAUGCAUAUAAACAGCGACUGGUUACAUCUGAGCUGGGUGUAACAGAGCACAUUGAAGGGGAUGAGUGUAAAUUUGCUGUGUGGACAGCUCGCACAGGAGUUAGUGAUGGCAAGAUGAUUCUGCGAGCCAACACCCUGGAAGUGAAACAGACGUGGGUGAGGAAGUUGAGAGAAGUGAUACAGGAGACUUAUCUCAGCUCCGCUCUUCCCCUUACUCCUGCAAAGUCACCGGCCAAGACACCAAAGCAAAACCGAGCCAGCAGGGACUUGGAGGAAUCCAUCGACGAGAGUGCGGAGAAUACAGACCGCAACUCUUUGGCAUCGUACUCGUCCUCGAAUACAGACUCCGAUAAGGGCUCAGGCGAGGUCACGUGGGUGCUGGAGGACUGGGCGGGCUCGGGUCCGGGCGAGAUCGCGUCCGUCACCCGCGGCCAACAGGUGGAGCUGCUCGACCCCCCGCCCUCCUUCCCGCACGCCCGCGACCCGACGGAAUGGGCGUACGUCAGGCUGUCCCACGCCCACGACCAGGAGGGACUCGUGCCCGUGGCGCUGCUCAGGCAGCCGCCGCGGCACACCCGCGCCGACCUCGAUCUCUCAGAGGGCGUGGCGGGGAGCGCGGGUGAGGGCGUGGGUGGAACCGCCCCCUCGGGCGGUGGCUCCUCCCCCGUCACCAAGCGGAAGGGCUUUUCCAGUCGAAAAUGGUUACCGCCGCCGCUUCGGAAGUUGAGUCAAGGACGAGUCGACCGCGUUACCUCCCCCUCGGCCGCCGCCCCCGCACUUGAGGCCGCCCACACCAAGCAAGACCCCGCCCACAAACACCAGUUCCGCAAGGCGUACUCUGAGCGGCGAUUUAAGGUACGUGAUACAGCACCACGGGGUUGUAGUGAGGCAGAUCCAGUUUGGGUAAGUGGAGAAAGACGAAGAAAAAAAAUUGUCUAUGUGUAUUUAUAUGUUAGAUAAAGUCAAAGUUCAGAAGGCAGGAGACAGAUGGGAAA